UGGCGAGUAAUUCUCUCAGAUUUGGAUGAAUAUUCUAAAGGAAUUCGUAAAUUCUUUCCUGAAAAGCAUUAUAUUCUUUCCUCAGAAUUCAAACAUCUCUAUGUUGCCAUAACCAGAGCCAGAGAGCAUCUCUGGAUUUUUGAAGAGGAUGUGAAUUUGAGUGAGUCAAUCCGUACAUACUGGGUUCGCAAAAAUCUAGUGGAAGUAACGAAUGAAAUCGACAUUUCUACCUUAACUAAGACUAGUAAUCCGUCUGAAUGGAAUUAUGAGGGUAAGAAGUUUUUUGAGCAACGGAAGUAUGUACAGAGUGGAAAUGAGGAAAGUUUAAAGCUAGCUCGUGCGUACCAUCUUCAACAAGUUGCUAGAACUUCUUUCUUAACCGGUUCUAAUGAAAAAACAGUGAAGUCCAAUUUCGUAACUGCCGCUCAAGCCUUUGAAGAAUGUUCCCGGUUGCCACAGGCGGCUUCAUGUUAUGAGAGCAUAGGCAUGUAUAAAAAAGCUGGUGAUAUCUAUUCUGUAUCAAAAAUGUUUGAGCCUGCCGCACGUUGUUAUCUUGAAGUCAAGAUGUGGAACGUAGCAGGAGAGUAUUUUGAAAAGGCGAAAUUGUACAAUCAUGCAGCCCUUGCCUAUAAAGAUGGCAACCUUAAUGAUAUGAUAACUGAUUUGAUUCAGAGACAAUACAUCAACGAUGAAACCAUCCGACAAAUCAAUAACCACUUUCGUAAUGAAGCAGAAAAACUUAUUUCACAUAAUAAGAUUGAAGAGGCUGCCGAUAUGCUAAACCGUUCGGUUGCUGAUGACGAAAAUACAAUCGAAGCGUAUAAGUACCUAUUUCGCCUUUGUAGAGAUAAUGUACUUGAAGAGUUAUUUACAGGCUCAAUUACCCGGAAAGAAUUAUGUAGGCUCCAGUCCAAAGCGGCCAAGACUAUCUCAAAAGUUGCAAAUCUUUCUAUACAGAAUAGACUGACGGAGCAGUCUCAGCUAUAUAUUUCCUUUUUAAAUGAAAAACUCAAUAUUUAUGAUAUGGUAACUGAAUUGACUCAAAGACGAGACUUCAACGACAAAACGAUCCGUCAACUCAAUUUCCACUUUCGCAAAGAAGCAGAUAAGCUUCUAUCGAAUAAUAAGUUCGAAGAGGCUGCCGAUAUGCUUAACCAUUCGGUUGAUAAUGACGAAAAUUUAAUUAAUGCGUCUCGGCAGCUAUUUCGUCUAUGCAGAGUUAUAGUACUGAAGGAGAUAUUUACAGGUUAUAUAAGCUCAAUUUCCCUACAGGAUUUAUGUAGACUCCAAUCUAAAGCGGAUUAUGCUAUCUCAAAGUUUAUAAAUAAAUCUAAACAAUGGAUGAGCUUCAUGCAUGAGUCUCGGUUAUAUUCUUCUUAUUUCAAUAAUAGUCUCGAUAUUUAUGGUUUGGUAGGCGAUUUGAUUCAGAGGCAUAGGCAAGACAUCGACGAUAAAACGAUUCGUCUACUCGAUGUCCUCUUUCGAAAAGAAGCAGAGAAACUUCUUUCGCAUAAUAAAUUCGAAGAGGCUGCCGACAUGCUUAACCAUUCGGUUGAUAAUGAUGAGAAUGCAAUUGAUGCAUCACAGUACCUAUUACGUCUAUGCAGAGAUAUUGUACUGAAAGAGAUAUUUGCAGAUUACGUAAGCUCAAUUGCUCUUCAGGAUUUAUGCAGACUCCAAACUAAAGCGGCCGAUGCUAUCUUAAAAGUUAUAAGUAAAUCUAAACUAUCGAAAUGUCUGAUGGAAGAGACCCAUUUAUAUAAUUCUUAUUUAAAUAAUGAUCUCGAUAUUUAUAGUUUAGUAGCCGAUUUGAUUCAGAGGCACAGACAAGACAUGGACGAUAAAACGGUUCGUCAACUCGAUAUCCUCUUUCGCAAAGAAGCAGAGAAACUUCUUUCACAUAAUAAAUUCGAAAAGGCUGCCGACAUGUUGAACCGUUCGGUUGAUAAUGAUGAGAAUGCAAUAGAUGCGUCGCAAUACCUAGUACGCCUUUGCAGAGUUAACGUACUGAAAGCGUUA